GCUGGUCGCCUACCACGGAGGUGGUGCUGGCGAAGGGAGAGGAGAGCUCGCUAUGGUGAAAUUCGGAGAGAGGAAAAGGAAGAGAGGGCGGAAGCCGAAGGUGAAGGUGAACUUGGAGGAAUCCUACAGCGGGAUGGAGAUUGUGAACAAGAACGGAGUGGUGAUCAAUCUGAUGGAUCUAGCGAAGGCGGAGGAUCCUUUUGCGGAGGAGCUGAGGAGGCGGACUGACGGACUGCAGGGAGAGGAGGAGCUGUUAGGGUUUCUGAGGGAUUUAGAGGGACAGUGGGGAAGCAGGAGGAGGAAGAGGAGGAUUGUGGACGCUGCCAAUUUCGGUGACGCAUUGCCGCUUGGUUGGAAGCUUAUUCUCGGGUUGAAGAGAAAGGAUGGUCGCGCAUGGAUCUAUUGUCGCAGAUACAUAAGCCCUAGUGGACAGCAAUUUAUGUCUUGUAGAGAAGUUGCUUCCUAUUUGCAGUCUCUUAUUGGCCAUAGUGAUGCACCGUUGCAAAUCGGUCAUAGGAGUGAGAAUUUGCCGCAGGAACAAAGAGCAAUCACUGAACACUCUGCAGGUGUUGCCCAUGAGGAUCAACGUGAAUGGCAGAUUGUUGUAGCUAACUCAGAUGUACCUAGUUUUUCUGUUUCUAAUGAACGUGGGAUGGAAUUGGCCUUGUUGGGUUUGGAAAAUCUUGCAGACGUGGAAAUACAUGACCUAUUUGAAUGUCACAAAUGCAAUGUGACCUUUGACGAGAAGGAUUCAUACUUGCAGCACUUAUUGUCAUUUCACCAGAGAACAACAAGACGAUAUCGGCUUGGAUCUUCUCUUGGAGAUGGAGUUAUAAUUAAAGAUGGAAAGUUUGAGUGCCAGUUCUGUCACAAGGUGUUUUCAGAAAGGCGUCGCUACAGUUCUCAUGUGGGGAUCCAUGUUAGGAGUAAUGUGAGGCAGGCUGAAGAUUCGUCAGGUCUGGAAAAUGUUCAACGGACAGACAAGUCUCCUGUGAGGGAGGACAUGCUGCUUUCAAGAAUCUCCAGGAUGGAUGCCCUUAUUGAAAUUGCUCAGAGCUCUAUCAUGGAGGAUUGUGACAUGGAGCCUGCUUCGAAAGUUGCUGCUUGUAGCUUGGAUCAAGAUAUAAACUUUGAGUCAGAACAGCAAAUGGAAGAUAGCUUAAAUGGAACAAAUGUUGUUCAAGUUUUAAAUCAGCAGGAUAGUCCAGAGUUACACAUGGAUGUGGAAGAAGAGGAAACUGAUGAUGAUAGCCAAGUUAUUGAUGCAAAGAUGGUUACUUGUCUAGAUCACACGGGUUUGUUAUGUGUAAAUGAGAAAAAUGGUAAUCCAUCUGUUGAAGUGUUUGAUAAGUCUGGGAUUGAUAUGGGAGGAGCUUCUCAAGACCCUUUGCUUAUUUUAUCUUGCAAGGACAAAAUAUCAGAUUCUGGGGAGAAUGAAAAUUUUUGUUGCUCUAAUAUCAAAGAAAAGUUUAAGUUUAAUGAAGAUAACAAUAAUAAGAAUGAAUUGGAAAUUGGUUCAGAUGGUUGCAAGGAUGUUCCUGUUAGGACCAAUGUUCAAGAGAUGCUAAUGCCAGCUUCUGAAGAAAAUGUGAUCGACUCUAGGGUUUCUAAAUCUCCUAUAUCCCAAAUGCAAUCUUUGUAUUGCUCUCCUGCUUUCAGCUCUGAUAAGGUAGGAAAACAAUCUUGUACUGAAGAUCAUGAGUAUAAAAAUGUGGAGCGGUUCCAGGAAUUGGAUGAAAUCAGUACUACUGAGCAUGAUGCUACAAGUAUUCAAGAUUCCUUUUCACUGCCUGAUGUGCAAACUGAUAUGGUAAACAAAACAGUGAUGGAAACAACAUAUCCCUCCUCAGUUCAGGUUGAAUCACAAGAAGUUAUGCAGCUUACAACUGUGUGUGUUUGGUGUGGAAUAGAGUUCAACCAUGAUGCCCUUAAUUCUGAAAUACAACCUGAUUCUGUUGGAUUCAUGUGUCCAGCUUGUAAGGCGAAAAUCUCUGGUCAAAUUAAUGUGUUGGACAGUUGAUCACCAAAUGGUAACCAUAUUAGACUGGUAAUUACUGAUUCACAGUUGCGGUAAUGGCUGCAGUUGUAGGGAAGUGUAUUUAAUUUCCUGUUAACUUCAAACUAGUAGCCUCUUAGUUUGGAAGCUAUGAUCCAUGAGAGAUCAGUAGAAGAUGACCCAGAAGAAACUUUUCAACAUUUGGUGCCGAUGGUAUCGUUAAUUGUGGCAAUGAUCAAUUUAUCCCUGUUUGUAAUCACACAUGGUCCUGUAUAUAUCUCUAUAUAUAUACUCGGGAACUGAUGAUACUCUGUCGUAAACUUGUAAUAUUUUCUGCUGCAGUCUAUGUUAUGUUUAGUACAGUA